AUGUCUGAUGGAGGGGUUUUUCUUGAUAGCUCUUUGUAUACAGCAAUAAGAGAUGGUGGACUCAAUUUACCAGAGCAAAAAAAUUUACCAGGAACUGAUAUUCUUCUACCAUACGUCUUUGUCGCAGACGAUGCGUUUCCAUUAAUAAAACAUAUUCAAAAACCUUAUGCAACUGAUUUGCUGAAAGGAUCCCCUAAAAGAGUGUUUAAUUAUCGAUUGUCACGAGCUCGGCGCAUAGUAGAAAAUGCUUUUGGAUUACUCAGAUCAGUUUUUAGAAUUUUUCGAACACCGAUUGAACUGAAGACGGAUACCAUUGAAGAAGUGGUGCUUGCAUGUGUUUGCAUCGACAAUUUUUUGCGACAAAGUCGUCAAUCACGUCACCUUUAUUGCCCUCGAUGUACUCUCGACUCUGACGUAGAUGGAAAUUUGGUACACGGAAAAUGGAGAAAAGACAUUGCAGGCGACACUGGAAUUACAAACCUUGCAAAGACGGGAGGAAAUGCCACAAGAGAAGCAAAAGAAAUAAGAGACGGAUUUAUGAAAUACUUUAUGUCUCAUGAAGGUUCUGUACCUUGGCAAGACGUAUAUUUGUAA